GGUCCCCAUCCAAGUGACACAGUGGGACCAUGGAGGCAUCUGUCCCCAUGGGAGGUAUCACGGUAGCUCUCCUCUGCUGCUGCCUCCUGAGCUCUGCAUGGGCGCUGGUCGACCCUGAUGAUGUUCUCACAAAAGAAGAGCAGAUCUAUCUCCUGGUGGAAGCUAAGGAGAAAUGUCAGAGAGACAUAAAAGCCCAACUAGAGAAGAUCAAAGAUACCAGCUGCCUUCCAGAGUGGGACGGGAUUAUCUGCUGGCCAAAGGGCUCCCCCAGCCAGGAGGUGUCGGUGCCCUGCCCCGACUACAUCUACGACUUCAACCAUAAAGGUCAUGCCUACAGGUACUGCAGUGCCUAUGGGACCUGGGCCAUGGCUCUCAGCACCAACAAGACCUGGGCCAAUUACACCGAAUGUGCUCUGCUCUUCUCCUCUGACAGCCGGAGCCGCGAGAAGGAAGUGUUUGACCGCCUGCACCUGAUGUACACCGUCGGCUACUCCAUCUCCCUGGCCUGCCUCAUCGUCGCCGUCUGCAUCCUCUCGUACUUCAAGCGCCUGCACUGCACACGCAACUACAUCCACGUCCACCUCUUCACCUCCUUCAUCUGCCGGGCGGUGAGCAUCUUCGUGAAGGACAUGGUGCUCUACUCAGGCACACUGGCCAGCGAGACGGAGAAGAUGCGGGAGGACGACUUCAAGGCAGAAAUGGGUCCCUCGCCAGGACAACGGAGCCACCUGGUUGGCUGCAAGGUGGUGGUGACUCUCUUCCUCUAUUUUCUGGCCACCAACCACUACUGGAUCCUGGUGGAAGGUCUCUACCUGCACAGCCUGAUCUUCAUGGCCUUCCUCUCCAACAAGAACUACUUGUGGGUCCUCAUCAUUAUCGGCUGGGGUCUCCCCGCUGUGUUUGUGUCUGUCUGGGCCAGCGUCAGGGCCUCCCUGGCGGAUACACAGUGCUGGGACCUCAGUGCGGGGAACAUGAAGUGGAUUUAUCAGGUUCCCAUCUUGGCCGCCAUCGUGGUGAACUUCUUCCUCUUCCUCAACAUCGUCCGGGUGCUGGCCUCCAAGCUCUGGGAGACGAACACGGGGAAGCUGGACCCCCGGCAGCAGUACAGGCAACUGCUGAAGUCCACGCUGGUGCUGAUGCCGCUUUUUGGCGUCCAUUACGUGGUGUUCAUGGCCAUGCCCUACACCGAAGUCUCUGGGGUCCUGUGGCAGAUCCAGAUGCAUUACGAGAUGCUCUUUAACUCCUCUCAGGGUUUCUUUGUGGCUUUUAUCUACUGCUUUUGCAACGGGGAGGUGCAGGCAGAGAUUAAGAAAGCCCAUUUUCGGAGAAGCCUGGCGCUGGACUUCAAGCAGAAGGCGCGUGCCACCAGCGUGGCGGGGAGCUGCUGCUACGGCGGGCUGGCCUCCCAUGCCACCACGAGCUUCAGCAUGAGCCUCGCAGGGCGAGGGGCAGGGAGCACGCAGCAGCGCGGGCUGCUGCUCCCUGCCCGUGGCAGCCUGCCGGGCUACAUCCCCAGCUCCUUUGCCUCGGAUAACUUUUUGCCCUGUCCGACCCAGGAGAUGAGCCAGAAAGCCUGUGGGGAAAACAUAGUGGACUUAGCAGACCUGAGUCAGCAUCACCCCAACAUAAACAAAGAGCUGGAGACGAUGCUGUGAAGUGAACGGUGUGUUUUCCAUCUGGACAUCCAGCUGUGCCUGGAAAGGUGCUGAUCCUCACGCUUUGGGCUCCUUUUACGCUUGCAUGGAGACCCGGGGUAGGGGAUAGCAGCUGGAACAACACAGUUCCCUUUCCCUCACAACCAGGGUGCAAAGGGACCACGUGCUCUUGCUCCUUCUACCUAUCUGGCCUAAAACCAAGCAGCCAGUUCAAAACCUCAUUUCCUUCCACGUGCAAGUGAUUGAUGUAAGUGCUGUCUGUGCAUGCAAAGCCU